UGACCCCGCCCUCUUUGCGUGCCCUCCGCCCCCCUCUGCACUACGGUCUGUAGUAGCCGUUGACGGCUCUUGUAGUGACGGAUCAAGUUCUCCUGUAAUAUUUUUAUUUUGUUUUGUGAAAAAAGAAAAAGGAGUACAAUCUCAGGGCUCACCAUACUCAAUGAGCGGACAGCGCAAUGUCAGAGCGCUCUGGGCAAACUGCAAAGGGGAAGGAUGGCAAAUCCAAGUAUGCGUCUCUCAACCUGUUUGAUACCUACAAAGGAAAGAGCCUUGAAGCACAAAAGCCUGUUGUUCCCCCCCGCCAUGGCCUUCAGUCUCUUGGUAAAGUUGCCUCUGCGCGGCGCAUGCCACCCCCUGCCAGCCUGCCCAGUCUGAAGGCAGAGAACAAAGGCAACGAUCCCAACGUCUCGCUCGUUCCAAAAGACGGCACAGGAUGGGCAAGCAAGCAGGAACCAGCAGACCCAAAGAGUACCGAUGUAUUGUCAGCACCGCAGCUGGAGUCGCAGCAGCCUGUGGUUUCACAGACGCCUGCACCGACCCGCCCGAGAACCCCGCCAACUCCAGAGGUUCCACCUCCGGUUCCGGCCACGGUUUCAGCCCAGGCCGCAGGGGCAAGGUCCUGGGCUCAGGCCAGUGUUACACAUGGAGCACAAGGAGAUGGUGGAAAGGGAUCAAACCAACGGUCGCCAUUCUCUCGCGAGGAAUUUCCCACCCUGCAGGCGGCUGGCGACCAGGAAAAAGCUGGCAGGGAACAGGGCACUGCAGAUCAGUUGUAUGGGCCCGGACCAAGCCUCCGCCCCCCGAACAUGACGAGCUGGCGGGACGGUGGGGGCCGUGCCCUGGCGCCCACCGGAGAGGGGGUCGCAGAGGGUGGCCCGGGCGGGGUGCUGGCGAUAGAGGGGGCUGCCGGUGGUGGCCAGGCAGGCCCCCCUCCUCUCCAGCAGCAGCAAAACCUCCAGUCCCAUGGGCUGCCUAGGAAUCCCCCCGCUGGCAGCCCUGGCCUGCCCCAGCCCCCCAUGGGCCCUGGGUUCCCCCAGUACAGAGGGAUUAUGCCUCCAUUCAUGUACCCUCCCUUUCUGCCCUUCCCGCCUCCCUACGGCCCCCAGGGGCCCUACAGGUACCCCCCUCCUGGUGAGGCCCCUCCCAGGUUUCGCCAGCAGGGUCAGGACGGCCGCGGGCGUCCCCAAGGCGGUCCCCGUGGUGGGGGAGGAGAGAUGGUGAAGCGACCCUCCAUUCUGAAGCAGGAUGACCUGAAGGAGCUAGAUGAACUAGACCACCAGGACGGAGACGAGGGCUGGGCAGGGGCACACGAGGAGAUCGACUACUCGGCCAAGUUGAAGUUCAGCGACGAUGAAGGAGAGGAAGAUGAGGAGAGGAACGAGAGACCCGAGAGGAAUGAAAGAAGCGAGAGCAAGAACGGUGCACGGGAGAUGCAAAGGUCUCAGGAAGGUCCCCCUCAGGUGGUGCAGCGCUCCCGAGUCUCUGACAGCGGAGUGGACAGGGACACCCGCCGCACCCCUCCCUCCAACGCUGACCACGACGGCCCCCCACCCCCCUCCAGCAAGCCAGGAUGGGCCGAGGAGGGGGGCAAGAGCGGCUGGGGGAGCCAAGGCGCCCAUGCCACCUACCAGGGGCGUAGGCCUGGACUGGGUGGGUCCCGGGAGCAGCUCCCCCCCCCACCAGGGCCUCUCCUCCACCAGGGACAGGGGCCUUACUCCUACUACCGACAGGACCGCAACUCCCCUAAUCAGUCCAGCCCGGUGGUAGCCCCUGAAACUGCCUCACUGGCCCCCGGGAAGGUCGCCCCCUCCUCGCAGCUCCAACAGCAGCAGGCUACUUCCCCCGUCCCCGGAGGCCCCACCCCUCCACCUCAGACGACUGGCCUGCUGGCCCCACCCACCGGCGAAGAUGAAGAGGAGACAUGGCGCCAGCGCAGGAAACAGUCCUCCUCAGAGAUCUCGGCCGCUGUUGAACGCGCCCGCCGGCGCCGCGAAGAGGAGGAGCGAAGGAUGGAGGAAGAGCGGCGUGCGGCCUGCGCUGAGAAGCUGAAGAGGCUGGAUGAGAAGGCCCAGCAGGGUGGUGGUGGGAGCAGCGGAGGCUCCAAGCCCCCCAGUCUGGACGGCAACUCCACCACGGCCGGAAGCCCCAGCCCUUCCCUGUCGGCCUCAGCCUGCUCCCCAAACAUCAGCCAGCCCCCGUCCCCCUGCGUGGACCUUGAGGAGCCCCCGGCUGCCCAGACUGUUACCAGGGACCUAGUGCCAGGGCCCAGUCCCACCGACAGACAGAGGGCCAAUAGCAAUAGCAGCUAUGACUCCAAUGCUGACACCCAGGUGUGUCCCCAGCCCCCUACUCCCCAGCUGCAGCAGCCCCCUCUGGAGGUCCUGGUGCCUGGGGAAGGGAAGGAGGAGAUCCUAGAUAGUGCUCACGUCCGCAGCGGAGGAGGUGGUGGAGGAGUGGUAGACCCAGUGAAGGUAGAAAGCAUGGGAGGAGGAGCAAGUCGCCAAGCCAGCGGCCCCCCGGGACAGGGCUACUCCAAGUACCAGAAGUCCCUGCCUCCCCGCUUCCAGAGACAGCAACAGGAGCAGCUGAUGAAGCAGCAGCAGCAGUGGCAGCAGCAGCACAGCCAAGCAGCCCAACAGAGCCAGCAGCAGCUCCCACCCCAGCAGGCCCCCCAGCAGCAGGGCCCUUCUCCAGGGGCCACCACUCAGACCCAGUGUCCCAAGCAGCAGCAGUCAGGGUCCCUUCAGUAUCCGCCACAGGGCUCCAUGGGCCGCGGCCCCCAACCCCUGCCCAUGAACUUUGACCCGCGCUGGAUGAUGAUGCCCUACAUGGACCCCCGGAUGAUGCAGGGGGGCAUGCAGGGUCGACCUCCAGGGCCCAUGGACUACUACCCGCCCAACAUGCAACAUGCAGGGAUGAUGGGGCGAGAGCGCUCCGAUUCGGGGGGCUCUGGUUCGGACACCUUCGACAGGCAGCAGCACCCGGGACACCCCAACCGUGGGACACCUCCCAUGGAUCCCAAACUGGCCUGGGGGCCUGAGGUGUUCCCUGGGGGCAGCGAAGGCAGGGGACUGAGCUCCCCUCUUAGACAGAAGCAGGCACUGGAAGAGGAUGAUGUCAGUGGCAAAGGGCCUAGGAGUGACACCCCUCCAGUCCGUGGUAUGCGAGAGGGAGGGCCAGGCCCCAUCCAGCAGCCCAACUCUGUUUCGGGCUCCUCCAACCAGACCCCACCCCCUGUGGGCACUCUGGUGGGGGGCCAGGGAGGAGGCAGCCACCACCCCCACCACCACCAGUCCUACAUGGGUGGCCGGGGCAACUACAGCAACUUUCCCGACCAGGGCUCCCGCAUGGCCCUACACCAGCAGCAACAGAGGGGGAGUGGUGGAGGCUUCAGCCACCAGGAUGAGGGCCAGGGCCACAAGGGUGGCCAGCAACAGGGCCAGGUCUGGGGGGCCCCCCACCCCCACUACGACCGCAAUGGGCGCACUGACCUCUCCCCCCUGGAGAAUAACAACCUCCACCACCCUCAACACCAACAACCCCAUGGUCAUCAACAACACCAAGGCCCCUCCCACUUUCCCCUCCACCCCCACAAGCCCGAGAAUGGCCGCGGUGAGAGAGGAGGCGAAGCCCCCAAGAAGGGUGACCCCUCGCCCCCACUCCAACAGCCGUCCCUCUCCUCCUGCUCAUCCUCCUCCUCGUCAUCCUCAGCCAGGGACGACGGCAGCGGCAAGGCGGUCGUGCAUCUCCUCCCACCUCAGCGCAAGGCUGACACAGGAACCGGGCAGAGACAUGAUGCAGGAAGCAGCAGAGAGAUGAAGCAGGAUAAGAUGGGCCACAGCCACUCUCAGUCCUCUGUGACGUCUCAGCAGUCCCAGCAGCAGAGGCAGGGCCAGGAGCAGCACCACCACCGUGAUCCUAAGCCCAACCAGCGGGAGCGAGGGGGGAGGGAACACAAGACUGAGACCCAGUGGGGGCCACGGCCCGGCAGCAGCAACGCAGGAGGCCCCUCGAACAACAGGAGAGGAGGGAGCGGAAACAACCGCGGAGGGGAGGAUUCAUCCAAUCACCCAACAGCGUCUGACCACAACAAACCUUCCGGUGGCAGCAACACCAAUAAGAGGGCAGGGCCUAUCAAGAGGCCUGUGCUGAAGGAGAUGAAAAGAGAGGGUGGGGAGGGCGAGGGAGGAGAAAAGACCAGCGGAGGAGGCUCUGGAAAAGACAAAGACGGAGGCAAUUCAUCAGUCAAGCAGGAAACAUCCUCCGGCCCACAGAGCUCCUCUGCAGUGUCUGGUAAAGAAGAACUGGCUCAGACCGGUCCCAAACCCAGAAACGGAUGGAAGGACCGAGCGGCGAACGAACGAGGAGGAGUGGGCAAAGGUCCCAAAGACGGUGUCAACCCCACCCCCUCAUCAGGGUACUCCGGCCCCCCAUCCAAUAGGCGGGACAGAGAGCGCUCGUUGGAGAGGGGCGGGGGUGCAUCAUACCACGGCGGCUCGGCCCGUGGUAGCAGAGCCAGCCGAGGACGAGGUGGCGAGUUCUACGGGCGUGGCCGAGGUUACCGGGGCACUUACACGGGCACGGCCGGGGGUGGCAGUGUUAGCCGUGGCAGGGCAGCAGGCAGCAGGAGCAGCCGGGACUACCGAGCUGGCGGCGGCUACCACCAAGAAUUCAACGACGAGGCAUCGGGGGCAAGGCGCAACCGAGGGGGGUCGCAAGCCAACCCGGGGCGUGCCCGUAACCACAGCGAGACCCGCAGCGAGGGUUCAGAAUACGAGGAGGUCCCCAAGAGGAGGAGGCAGAGGGGGUCGGAGACGGGCAGUGAGAGUGCCGCCAGCGACCUGGCCCAGUCGGACAAGGAGGACCGCAAAUCCAGCACCAAGAAUGGCAGUGGCACAGAUAACUUUACCAGUGGCGGCUCCGCCCCAUCCAGAGGCUCCCAGGCCCGGGUGUUCACCCCCAGAGGGGUGCCCUCUAGGAGGGGUAGGGGGGGUGGCGGAGGAGGAGGAGGUGGCAGCAGCAUCUAUAGAAGUGGUGGAGCCGGAGGAGGAAUGGCUGGAGGUCACAGGUCAGGAUCCAGGGCCGACCCUCAAGGCUGGGCCUCCAAGUCCUCAGCCUCGGUCCGCAAGCAGCAGGGCCCAAUGCAGUCGUCUGCACCCAAAGACACGGGUCGUGGAACCGGUGGGGAGGAGAAGUCAGUGGACGGAAGCCAAGCUCAGAAUCAGGGAGGAGCAACCCCUCCACAAUCUAUCCUUGCUGCACCUACUCCAGCCCCACAGGGCUCCAUGGAGAAUGGAGGAGUUGGGACCCAGCAGUCCACAGCUAAUCCCACUACCAACUCCAGCGGGCCCCUUCCUCUCUCUGGCUCGGACGGGCGUGGCUUUCCUUGCGUCCCCCAGGAUGGCUUUGAGCGCCCCCCGAGACGCCGUCGCCACGGACGCUCCCAACACCAACAGGACAAGCCACCGCGCUUCCGCAGGCUGAAGGAGCGAGAGAACGCCGCUCGCAUCAACGGAGGAGGACGACCCUCCUCGCCCUGCCAGAAUUACAUUCAGGAUGUCACUGACGGCGCACACAAAGCGGUGCCCUCGACCGGCACUGCCCCCAACGCUAACCACAUUGCGACCACAACUACCAACAACAACAUCAGUACCGGCACCCAUCUUGGAAGCUCUAACACAAACAGUCACCACCAUCACUACAACCAGGGCAACUCUGGUCCUGCCCACUCUCAGCAGCACCACAACCCAGCAGGAGGCGCCAAAUCCCCUGACUUCUCUAACCAGAACUCAGACCAGGCCAAUGAGGAGUGGGAGACCGCCUCCGAGAGCAGUGACUUCACCGAGUUCCGGGAGAGGGAGGGAGGAGGAGGGAAGUCCUAUUCCUCCCAUCACCAUCAUCACCCACCCGGAAGAGGAGGUGGAGGUGGGGGAGGGGUCGGAGAGCGAGAGAUGACUGCGAAGGAGCAGGCGGCAAACAAGAGAAGCUUCUCCAGCCAGCGUCCCGGUAUGGAGCGACAGAACAGGAGGGUCAACGCUGGAGGAAGAGAGGGAGGUGGGGGAGGAAGAGGCCCACGGGGCCCGCCCAGUGGGGGAGGAGGCGGAGCUGGAAACGGAGGGGGCCAACGCGGUGAGCGCCGUGGAAACUGGCCCUCCCCCAAAAACAGGAAGUGAAGUAGAAGAUCUGAAAACAUUUCAAAUGCAUCCCCCUGCCCCACCCCUCUUCUUUAUCCCUUUCUGUAUCUAUUGUUCCCUCAGCCUCUUACCUGUUCUCAUCCCUUAACAUAUUAGCACAUAGUUAUGGAGACAGUGUACACACAUGUUUAAACCACCCCUCGCUUCUUUCUCCAUCCAAUUGCAAUCUACCGUCCGUUAUUGUAGUGUCAACUCUGCUCCCUCCCUGUCAUGUCCCCCCACCCUACAGAAUUCCACCCGAAGUUAGGUUUGAUUAGACACCCUUGUUCGUUUUGAACACACACCUCUUUUGACUGAGAACAUAACUACAAAAAACAUGUUUGCAUUUACAAGCACAAUAUGACAUAUAACAGACAUACACAACCACGCGCAGUAGUGUGUGUACACAGUGUGACAUGUCAUGAUAAGCAUGUUGGAGGAAUUGGCUAGCCAGGAGAAGGCAGAUUUUUAUAUUGAUGUUACCUGUGUAUAUUUCUACCAUGCUUUUGGUUGGGGUGGUAUUCGGUAGGGCAGUUAACUUCAUUAUAUUUUCCCACAUGGGGUGGGGGGGGUUUCAGGUUCUUCUUUCAACGAGAACAAUUGUACCAUAGAUUAUAAUAAAAAUUCUCUACCUUGUUUUUUUCCCUCCUUGGUCAGUUUUGUUUCACCCCCCUUUAAAAAGUUAGGUAUGUGUAUUUUUUUCUUCUACAAAGCAGGUCAUUAAAAUACCUUUUUAUACAACUCCCCCCACCUCUUGAGUUUUUGAUCUCCUGAUCUGUUUAAUUACUGUGACAGCCACAGUAGACCAGUUGAACUACUACUGCUCACCCAUCCACACUCUCCUCACAUUGAUUGUAUCUCGAAUAUCAAUGUCUUUGCUGCUUGUUCAGAACUAGGCUGUGUGGUUGAGUUUUUGUUGACCUGCUCUUAUUACUUUCCAAUGCUCUUUUGGUUCUGUUAGAUAAAAGGCUCUCUCAACAUAGCAUUCUCUUCUCUGUUUUGCAGAAGUUUCUCUCCUGUUCAUUUUGAAGUUUGUUUACCCUAAGAAGACUGAAUUGAUAGCUUGAAUGCUUUAUACACACACACACACACACACACACACACACACUACCGGUCAUAAGUUUUAGAACAACCUACUCAUUCAAGGGUUUUGCUUUUUUUUCUCUUUUCAACAUUGGAUAAUAAUAGUGAUAACACAUGGAAUCAUGUAGUAAUCAAAAGUGUUAGACAAAUCAAAAUAUAUUAUAUUUGAGAUUCUUCAAAUAGCCACCCUUUGCCUUGAUGACAGCUUUGCACUCUCUUGGCAUUCUCUCAACCAGCUUCACCUGGAAUGAUUUUCCAACCGUCUUGGAGUUACCAAAUAUGCUGAGCACUUGUUGACUGUUUUCCUUCACUCUGCGGUCCUACUCAUCCCAAACCAUCUCAAUUUGUUUGAGGUCGGGGGAUUGUGGAGGCCAGGUCAUUUGAUGCAGCAUUCCAUCACUCUCCUUCUUGGUAAAAUAGCCCUUAUACUGCCUGGAGGUGUGUUGGGUCAUUGUCCUGUUGAGUGGAAAAAAUGAUAGUCCCACUAAGCCCAAACCAGAUGGGAUGGCGUAUCACUGUAGAAUGCUAUGGUAGCCAUGCUGGUUAAGUGUGCCUUGAAUUCUAAAUACAUCACUGACAGUGUCACCAGCAAAGCACCCCCACACCAUAACCACAUCCUCCAUGCUUUAGGGAGGGAAAUACACAUGCGGAGAUCAUCUGUUCACCCACACUGCGUCUCAAAGACAGCGGUUGGAACCAAAAAUCUCUCAUUUGGACUCCAGACCAAAUGACAGAUUUCCACCGGUCUAAUGUCUUGCUUGUGUUUUUUGCCCAAAGCAAGUAUCUUCUUAUUGGUGUCCUUUUAGUAGUGGUUUCUUUGCAGCAAUUCGACCAUGAAGGCCUGAUUCCCUCUGAACAGUUGAUGUUGAUAUAUCUGUUGCUUGAAGGAUUUAUUUGGGCUGCAAUUUCUGAGGCUGGUAAACUCUAAUGAACUUACCCUCUGCAGCAGAGGUAACUCUGUCUUCCAUUCCUGUGGCGGUCCUCAUGAGAGCCAGUUUCAUCAAAGCACUUGAUGGUUUUUGCAACUGCACUUGAAGAAACUUUAAAAGUUCUUAAUAUUCCGUAUUUACUUACAUGUCUUAAAGUAAUGCUGGACUGUCAUUUCUCUUUGUUUAUUUGAGCUGUUCUUGCCAUAAUAUGGACUUGGUCUUUAACCGAAUAGAGCCAUCUUCUGUAUACUCCCCCUACCAUGUCACAACACAACUGAUUGGUUCAAAUUCAUUAAGAAGGAAAGAAAUUCCACAAAUGAACUUUUAACAAGGCACACCUGUUGUAUUACAUUCCAGAUGACUACAUCAUGAAGCUCAUUGAGAGAAUGCCAAGAGUGUGCAAAGCUGUCAAGGCAAAGGGUGGCUAUUUGAAGAAUCGCAUCUCAAAUAUAUUUGGAUUUGUUUAGCACUUUUUUUUGUUACUCCAUGAUUCCAUAUGUGUUAUUUCAUAGUGUUGAUGUCUUCAUUAUUAUUCUAUAAUGUAGAAAAUAGUAGAAAAACCCUUGAAUUGAGGAGUGGUUCUAAACAUGUUGAACAGUAGUGUGUGUGUGUGUAUGUACAUACAUACACACACACACACACACACUACCGUUCAAAAGUUUAUAUAUAUAUAGAUAUUUUCGCAUGAAAUUUCUUGUUAGGGAAAAAUCUGUUCAUUGAAUAUGCGAGAAGUAAAUGCAAAGUUAUUUAAUCUUAUUUUAAGAUGCUGUUUAUUCUUUUUACCUUACUUUUUUUUUUGCUUCAAGAGAUGAGGCCACACCUAUAGUAUAAAGAAAUGGUUGGUGUAUUUUUAUUGAGCAAAGUUUUUACAUUAUGCAGCUAGGAAUCGUACAACAGUGUUAAGUUUGGCCAUCGGCAUAUUGUGCUUUUAUUAUAUUCAUCUGCUGUCCUACUCGAUGCAGGAAGGCUCUCUACUUAAACACAACUAACUGCACUGUGCUGUAGAAGAGACACUUGUAACCAAAGUAAGGCGGGCAAGAGCUCCAUAUUGAGGAAGUAUUUUCAACGCAUACAUUAAUUCAAGAUGGCCUUUCCAAAAACCUCGAUGGCAACUAAAUAGCUCAAUUGAACUGAAUCUUGGACUAUGGUGGGAAGGGGCAAGGGUGGUCUGUGUUCACACCACUGAUUUCCAAAUACAUUUGAAGUAUACUAUUAUUCUCCAAGAGUGUUAUAGGGAAUACAAGGGUUUAGAACUUUUGAUUUCACAGACAGAUGUAUAUCACACGACGAAUGAAAUGGCACACAGCUUGUUUUGAACAUUUGAUGGGGGCGGGGGGGGGGGCGCAUCCUACCAAAUAAUAGAUUAAUUUCUAACUUUUAUUUUUAUUUUUUUAUCUUCAUCUGCAUACAUUUUUCACAGCUUGUAAGUUGGGGUUUGUUUGUUUACUGACACCCACCGUUUUAAGAUUCGCUUUGGGAUGUUGUGAGUAGGGAAUUUGAGUUUGUGUGUGUGCAUUUUCUGGUGUCUGUAAUAUCUUAUUUUUUGGCGGGUUAUGUGGAUGGCAAACACUUUUGCCUUGUUUGCCCACACUUAGUUUUAACAACUAUAUUAAGACAAUUUACAGUUUUUGGGGGGGUUAUGUGGAUGGCAAACACUUUUGCCUUGUUUGCCCACACUUAGUUUUAACAACUAUAUUAAGACAAUUUACAGUUUUCUUAUAUACAUUCACGUAUAUACAUUCAAGUGUGUGUGUGUGUGUGUGUGUGUUUAUAUAUGUUUAUCCAAAUGAAGUACAUAAUCAGUUCUUGGGGUGUAUUGAAAUGUUUACCAUACUCUCUUAAGACAGUCAAAAUGAAGUGGGUAUAUUUUAUUUUUCAUUAUGACUUCUACUAAGCAUGACCACAUCCACGGGUGCAGCUCACCUUGCCUGUGAAAACAACAGUGGUAGCCAUACACUUAACACAGGCUUGUAUGAGCCCUGCAUCCUUCCCUAACACUUACUGUUGAUGUGCUCAUAUUGUAUGUACCCAUGUUUAAAGAAAAAAAUAGUGUAUUCUUGAAAACCUCAAAGAUUGUACUAUAUUUCCAGCAUCACACCAAGGUACCUGGAGUGGUUAAAGCUGUUCUAUAAUUUAUGGUUUAUUAAUGGAACCGUAUUAUACACACAUGUAUGUAUAUUGGUAUGUAUCUAAGUUUUUGUCUACCCCAACUUACAGUCCCACAAACUAAUGUUGCCAUUUCUUAAGUUCAAGGGAGCAAUGUACAAGCAGAGGAGUGUCUUAUUAUAAUAAAAUUAUACAGAGAAAGUUAAAUAAACUUUUUGUUUUAAUGGAAAA